CUGGGAGAAACCUCGUCCAGCGGCGGUUGAUUAGUCAGGCCUCAGAAAGAUGGCGUCCUCGGAGCAGGCAGAGCAGCCGAGCCAGCCAAGCUCUACUCCAGGAAGUGAAAAUGUGCUGCCUCGAGAGCCGUUGAUUGCCACGGCAGUGAAGUUUCUUCAGAAUUCCCGGGUCCGCCAGAGCCCACUUGCAACCAGGAGAGCAUUCCUUAAGAAGAAAGGGCUGACAGAUGAAGAGAUUGAUAUGGCCUUCCAGCAGUCCGGCACUGCUGCUGACGAGCCUUCGUCCUUGGGCCCAGCCGCACAGGUGGUUCCUGUCCAGCCCCCUCACCUCAUAUCUCAGCCAUACAGCCCCGCAGGCUCCCGAUGGCGAGAUUACGGCGCCCUGGCCAUCAUCAUGGCAGGCAUUGCAUUUGGCUUUCACCAACUCUACAAGAAAUACCUGCUCCCCCUCAUCCUGGGCGGCCGAGAGGACAGGAAGCAGCUGGAGAGGAUGGAGGCCAGUCUCUCUGAGCUGAGUGGCAGCGUGGCCCAGACAGUGACUCAGUUACAAACCACGCUCACCUCUGUCCAGGAGCUGCUGAUUCAGCAGCAGCAGAAGAUCCAGGAGCUCGCCCAUGAACUGGCUGCUGCCAAGGCCACCACAUCCACCAACUGGAUCCUGGAGUCCCAGAAUAUCAACGAACUCAAGUCCGAAAUUAACUCCUUGAAAGGGCUUCUUUUGAAUCGGCGGCAAUUCCCUCCGUCCCCGUCAGCCCCGAAGAUCCCCUCCUGGCAGAUCCCAGUCAAGUCGCCAUCACCCUCCAGCCCUGCGGCCGUGAACCACCACAGCAGCAGCGACAUCUCACCUGUCAGCAACGAGUCCACGUCGUCGUCGCCUGGGAAGGAGGGCCACAGCCCCGAGGGCUCCACAGUCACCUACCACCUGCUGGGCCCCCAGGAGGAAGGCGAGGGGGUGGUGGACGUCAAGGGCCAGGUUCGGAUGGAGGUGCAGGGCGAGGAGGAGAAGAGGGAGGACAAGGAGGACGAGGAGGACGAGGAGGACGACGACGUGAGCCACGUGGAUGAGGAGGACUGCCUGGGGGUGCAGAGGGAGGACCGCCGGGGCGGGGACGGGCAGAUCAACGAGCAGGUGGAGAAGCUGCGGCGGCCCGAGGGCGCCAGCAAUGAGAGCGAGCGGGACUAGGGCCACGCCCGCCUCCAGCCCCGAGGAUGGCGUCCAGUGUGCCGGUGCGUGCCCACACCCUGCCUCCCGCUCUGGUCCUGGGAGGGCAGCUUGGAGCCCAGGUAGGGGACAAAGCUGUCCUCAGCUGCACUGCAGCAUGGCGGCAGCAUGGAAAGUCACAUUUCUGUCCACCUGGCCUCCUCUCGCCUGGCCACUAGCCCCAGCCCCAGCCCCAGCCCCAGCGGCCUUCGGCUUUGAUCUCAAGUCAGGCCGAAGGCAGUGAAGCCUCAGGGCUCAAACCCCUGCCCAGCCCCCUCUCCCGGACAGAUGCCGUGUCCAGGGUGUGUGUGCUGAGUGUCUUGACUACCGUGACACCACGCAUGGCCAGAGCUAGUGUCCCUACUCCCUCCUGACGCCUCAGUGGAGGAGGCGCCGAGGUCCCUCUGGUGUCUGCCGUCCCCUGUCUCCCUGGGCCCAGCCCUGGACCCCUCAGGUGCCUGUCCCCAGCCCCAGCUCCCCCCGUGCCCCGUCGUCCUCCCAGACAAAUGAAACCAUGCUGCGCUUCUGAUGCCCUCGCUUGCCGUGUAAUGGUUCAGCUAAUCCCAUGGCGAGACGGGCGCUCAGUCCCUCGGAGGAGCCAGGCACGGGGCCUGACCAACAGCCAGCUCUGUCCUUCCCCCCAAGAAACACAUGUUCAUUUGUGUGAUCAUGUAUAGACCUCAGAACGGAAGAUGGGACUGUAUAUAAUUUUAAUAAAUACCACUUGCCACUAUUUAA